AUGGUUUUCAUGGAGACUUUGUUAUCUCUAAUUUCUCUACUUUCAAGUGCUUUGCUACUACAUGCAGCUAUUGAAGGUCCCAAGCCCAUCACUCUAAGUCUUAUUCACCCAUUCUCGCCCCACUCACCUUUCUAUCCAGGGAAUAUAACAGACAUGGAGAAGAUUGAUAUACUUAUUCAGGGCACAAACGUUCGUAUUCAUCAUCUAUUCUCGACGAUGAGAGAACAAAACUGGAAUGGUAGCAGUGAGGUUAACGACAUAGUAGUAACAGUGCAAUACACUGGUGUUCACUUUGUAACCCACGUGGGUAUAGGUUCAUUUCCACCUUCUCCUGGCCGAAAGGGGAUACCUUAUUUGUUGGCGAUUGACACUGGAAGUCAAUUAACAUGGGUUCAAUGUGAAGGUUGCAAUCCUUGCUUUCCCCUACAACAACCUAAUUUUCCAUACAAAAUAUCUCAGAGUUACAAGCCUAUUCCUUGUGGUGACCCAACCUGUCCAACUCCAAACCAGGAUUGCUUUCAAUCAUUUUGUGGAUUUAGGAUAAGUUAUGGGGAGGACCCUCCAGCCUCAACAGCAGGAGCCAUUGUAAGAGAGACCUUAACCUUCUCUUCUGAUUUUGGAGGUACAGAAUCUUACAACGAUUUGUUCUUGGGUUGUGGCCUUCAGAGCGACCAUUAUGAAUUUCCACAACCGAAUAAAAUUGCUGGGGUUUUGGGCUUAGGGUUUGGAGACACUGGAACUCUUCUCUUCCUAAAACAAGUAGGCAAAAAACACUUUUCUUAUUGCCUAUUAAGCUCUGAACACACCAAUUCUCAGUUAUAUAUUGGAGGUACAAAGAUGGUAGGACCACAAGUGCUAUCAACACCAUUGCUGAGAGGAUCAAAUGAAGCACUAUACUAUUUGGACUUACAGGAUAUUAGUAUCCAAAAUAUUCAUCUUAGAUUACAGGGAUCAUUUUCUGAGGGUUCUGCCAUAGAUUGGCUCGUGUGA